UCACCAAUUUCCGUAUUGCCGUGCUUUCUUUUUUGCUUCUCCCUGCUUUCCACGGUGGUUGUCUGGGUUUUUCUUUGCUUGUUCCUUACGAACUUCGCCGAUCCGCCCAUCGGCUAGCGUGGCGGCUCAUUCUCGCUCUAGACCCCGAUCUGGCCUAGCGCUCUGGCCACCCCUGCUGCCAAUCACAAGCCCCCGAUGUUCCUUGUCUCAACCUCUCUCGCUCCCACAAGUUAAUUUGUUAUUUGGGACCUCUCCACCCAUACCGAGCCAUCCAAGCCAUGUCCAUUGCAAUCGCCCACCAAGCCGAUGCCGUUUUUGACCCGGUGUCAGACGCCUGUCAACAUCACCCCCCGGCGAGUGGCAUCGUCCACUCAGCAGUCUCUGCGUCUCCUCCUUGGCCCCCUCCCAUACCCCAUGUUACAUGUGUCUGUCCAUGGAGUAGCCCCCCCAACACUACCAGCAAAAACAAACAAGAAGAGCAAAAGACAACGGACAUGGGACGCUUCAACCACGGCCGACGGCUGUUGAUGAUGGUGACUCGGAGCCUUUGCAUACACGGCACCCCGAUUCGCGUUGAGCAGAGUAGAUAUUUGCGUUAUUGUUUCGCAUCUCGCCGUGUUUGUCGCAGGCGUUCGUUGUUUGAAAGAGACUUUGCGCGAGUCACCCAAGCGCCUUGA